CCCAAGCUUGGAGGGUUUAGUAUUGCCGGGCCAUUAUCAUUCCAGUAGCUGUUUGCGCAUCGUUGGGGAAGCCAUGGAGGUUUCUUCUUUUUUAUUAUUCCCUGAUGGUUUUUACUAUUGGGUCGGAGUGUUGGUAGUCGGCUACUUGUUUUAUAGUUUGCUUUCUAACUUGAUGGGUGCCAUCCGCGUGUGGCUGCUAGACAACACGGCGAUACUGGACCCGUACCUGAACACCUGGGCAGUUAUCACAGGAGCUACAGAUGGAAUUGGAAAGGCUUAUGCAGAAGCGUUAGCAAAAAAAGGAAUGAAAGUGGUUCUUAUCAGCAGAUCUCAAGAAAAACUGGAUAAGACUGCCAGUGAAAUAGAGGACAAAUACAAGGUGGAAACAAAAACAAUUGCUGCUGACUUUGAAAACCGAGAAACUAUUUACAACAAAAUAAAAGCAGGCUUGGAAGGCCUUGAAAUUGGUGUUUUAGUGAACAACGUGGGUGCUUCAUAUGAUUAUCCUGAAUAUUUCCUUGAGAUUCCAGAUUUAGAUAGACAAAUUGAAAAGAUCAUAAAUAUUAAUGCCGUAGCUUUGUGCAAGAUGACACAAUUUGUGCUUCCUCGCAUGGUGGAAAGGUCCAAGGGAAUCAUAAUUAAUAUAACUUCUCUUUCUGGAGUAGCAGAAACUCCAUUUUUAACUCUUUAUGCAGCAAGCAAGGUUUUUGGAAAUUUCUUUUCUCAAUCCCUCGGCUUGGAAUACAGAGACAAAGGUAUCCUUGUGCAGACUGUUCAACCAUAUUUUGUCAUGACAAAAAUGUCUAAAAUUCGUAAAACAAACAUAUACAGACCCACUCCUGAACAAUAUGUAAAAUAUUCCCUCAAUACUCUUGGUCGGGAAAGGAUAACUUGUGGAUAUCCAUCUCAUGCUUUUUUGAAAUGGUUGGGAACAAACGUGCUCCCCGAUUGGUAUAUCAAAAAAUCAAUCAGAGAAACAGCCUUAAAAUCAAGAGCUUACCAUUUAAAGAAACUAAAGGAAAACUAAGCUACAUUGCCUUGACAAGAACGUUGGUAUUUUGAAAAAUGUACUUUGAAGCAUCAAAUACUUUGCCCUAUGUUAUAGUUUUUGUAUAGGAUAUUCUGAGGGAAACUGAAGACUGGUAUGAAGAAAAUAUAUGAGAGGUGUAGAAAAAUUAAUUAACAAUAUUUACAUUAUAUAUUGUUCUGGAAUCAUUCUAUUAAAAUGUUUUGUGUUAUAUAAUUAUUAAACAAUAUUUUCAAUUGUUUUACUGAAGCACAUUAGUAGUGUUUCAGAUAGGUUCAUUUUGAGAAAUGUGAUUGAAAUUGAAAUAUGAUUUGGCAUUUGUAACAUCACUACCGAUAAUAGAGUCACAUUACUUCUGUAUUUUAAACUAAAAGGUUUUAUUUCCUCAAUUUUGAUAUUUCAAGAAAUAUCCCUUAUUGAAAUUGAGAUUUUAAAAAUUACAAGAUUGGCUAUAGGAUCUAUCUCGUUAACAUGAAUGUUAAUGUUCAUUAUGUAAUAGUCAGCGUCAGGCAUCACAAUAAUGCUUUAUUUGUUACAAAGGUAGCUAAAUAUAAUGCUGGCACUGACUUCAUAUGUUUACAAUGUUUGUUUACUAAUCACAAUACUGUAAGUAAAAUUGUACUUUGUGUGAACUGUCAUAUCAAAUAUUUAAAAAUAUUUGUAACAGCAGACAGGAUUUUGAUUACCUGGAUGUUCUCGUAAUAUAAAUGUUUAUGGGUUGGGACCAGGAAGUGCUUGUGAAAUUCCAUCUCUAUAACAAGAUGGGGGAGCUCUUUGAGUGAUAUGAGAUGUAUUAUAGAAGGCUGCAACACCAAGGAUAAUGAGAGAAAGAAGAUAAACAUGUCUGGACAGCCUAUCUUCUUGCAUAAGAAUUCUUGCCUCCAGAAUUAAAAGAAGUCACACCAAAUGUUGAGAAUACAUUUAACAAGGAUUUGUUAUUCCUUCAUUGUAACUUAAUGAAAUGAAAAAUCACUUUCUUGAGACAUAGUUUUAUCUGUCAUUACAUGAAAAUUAAGAUUUGACUUUUUAUUUCCUUAAAUCAUAUUAUUUGUACCUUUGGAACAAAUAAAAUGAAAAUGCUUUAACAUGU